UUCGAUCGGUAUUCGACCGACAUUUUCGAUCGAAAUUCCGCACGAGCUUAGCACGAAUGAUGAAAACCGGGUUCACGGCGAUAACCAGCAAGGGACUGGUCAGCCUCAGCUUCUUAACCGUGAUAUUGGCCACACGAAAUGCCGAUCUUGAGGAUGUGCACCUGCGAAUGAACGAGGACGAGUUGAAGCACACUUUCUCACCCCUCGCUUCAACAAGUAUACCGGAGUACGAGGUAGUAUCUCUAGAAUGGCCGAGAUUGCACAGAAGAGCUUCAAGUGCGGGGACAAGAAUACGUAUGAAUGCAUUUGGCAAGGACAUCGAGCUGUGGCUACAUCCGACCGAAGGGACUCUCGCGGCUUAUGACACCCCCGUAAUCCUCGCUGAAUCUUCUACCUCGACGAAGACGGGCGUUCGGUUUACCAAAAUACCUGAUGGGGCGAUGAGCGUCGUCGGAAGAAUUUUAGAGGACAGAGAAAAACGAGCUACGUUGCUCGUAAAAAGAAGCAUCGACGGUCAUAAUUACAUUUCCGGCAACGUUGGCUCCGAGGGCUGGAUCGUAAGGCCAUUGCCCGAUCGAUUCAACGAUGAAAAUGUUGCGGCACCGAAUAACUUUUCAUCGGACCCGAGAAUCGAAGAGUACGACGCGCCUCGUUUACACGUUAUCUACGCGAGUCCCGAAUCAACUCGAGAAGGAGCUUACCUCGAAAAACCGAUCGGGAGCGAAAAUACGGGAAAAAUAUCAUCGAGAUUGAAACGAACUGCUGCCACUCCGGAUCUUGUCUAUCCACAAAUUCUCGUAUUUGCCGAUUACGCGACUUACAGGCUUCACGGUGAAAACGUAUCGCGCCUUUUGGAAUAUUUACUCCCAUUUUGGAACGGAGUUGAUUUAAGAUACCGAAGUUUAGAAUUUCCGAAAGUGAGACUGAACAUCGCGGGAAUAGUGAUAGCCACGGAUUCCACAGCACUUUCUUUCAUAAAAAAUAACAAAGUCAGUGAGAAGGUGCUCAACAUUUUCGGCGCGGUUUCCGACUUUAGCAAAUUUAUGCCAAACGUUCAAUCGUCUUUUCCAUUUUCGAAAUAUGACGUUGCGAUCACCCUCUCACCAUUCGCCAUGUGUUCACCGCAAACUUCUGGUUCCUGUCCGAUCGGAACCCUGGGUAUAGCUUAUCGGGCGGGAGCUUGUUCCAUUGUGAAACGAGGUACUCCAAUGAAUUUGGGGGUAGCUGUAGUUCAGGACAAAGGGGCUUUCGAUGGAAUGCAUACGGCUGCCCACGAAUUGGGCCAUUUAUUCGGAGCGGACCACGAUGGUCUGGGAGGAUCCUCGUGUCCGAGUGACACGGGUAAUAUAAUGGCUUCGACCCCGAUACUCACGAGAAACUCGCAGGACUGGUCCAAAUGCAGCUUAAUCGCGUUCGAUAAAUUUUUCAACUCCGACGCGGCAAGCUGCAUGUUCAACGUGCCAGUACCUUCGACGAGCGUGAAGCGAAUUUUGCCAGGAGAACUGAUGACGUUGGACGAGCAGUGCGCCAAGCUCGAAGGAACAAAAAUGUGUCAACAAAUUUCACCAAAUGUCAAUCCUUGUAUAAAUCUGAGAUGCGUUUGGUCUAGAAAUAGAAAUUAUUGCAUCGAGAUGAGCAACGCUGGUGCCGAUGGCUCCAUUUGCGGUGACAAAAAAAUCUGCGUUCACGGUAGAUGCCUGUCAGAGAGCGAAUUAUUAGCUCGAUAGGAAAACAACAACGAAUGACAAUCCGCUCGAUCGAUCGCCACUGAGCGACAAAAAUUGUUUGUAAUACCGUAUAUACCUGUAUAUGAACGAUGUAAUAAGGUUAUGCGUACUGGUAUGACGAAUUGGACAGAUUAGCGAAUACCGCCGUCCUCGAGGUCACCACAAUUACAAAAAUAAACAAACGAUACUGUAAUAAA